AUGGCGAACGCUCACUACGCUGACGAGUUCUACGACAAUGCGGCACGCGCCGAAGUCUCCCGGGCUAUUGUGAACAAGAAGGUGAACGUCUGUCCCUUCACGGUUCGUCUCGCGUGGCACGCGUCGGGCACCUUUGACCAGAGCGAUGCCAGUGGUGGCAGCGACGGUGCCCGCAUGCGUUACGCCCCGGAGCUUUCCGACGGUGCCAAUGCGGGUCUCGCUCUCAUGCAGGACAUUAUCAAACCCGUCAAGGAAAAGUUCCCGGACAUGUCCUACGCCGAUCUCUGGACCAUGGCGGGAACGCAAGCGAUCAAGCUAACGGGAGGACCGGACAUUCCGUUCAACUACGGACGGACCGACGAUGCGGACAACAACAAGUGUCCGGCCAACGGACGUCUACCGGACGCGACGCAAGGCGCUGAGCACCUGCGAGAUGUCUUUUAUCGUAUGGGCUUUGGUGAUAAGGAGAUCGUUGCCCUGUCCGGAGCGCACACCCUCGGAUCGUGCCACCGUUUGCGCUCUGGUUUCGACGGACCCUGGACCACGAACCCCCUCAAGUUCGACAAUGAGUACUUUAAGAAUCUGCUCGAGAUCGAUUGGAAGCCUCGCGAGUGGGAAGGUCCCUUGCAGUACCAGGAUCCUUCCGGAAAACUCAUGAUGUUGCCCACCGAUAUGGCACUCAUUCAGGACGAAGCGUUUUUGCCUUUUGUCAAAAAGUACGCCGAAGACGAGCAAGCCUUCUUUGCUGAUUUUGCCGAAGCUUUUGCUGCUUUGAUCUCCAAGGGAUGCCCCGCGCACUGUCAGCCCAAUGCUGAGCGUCAGGCUCCCCAA